AUGACGUCGUCGUCACCAACCACAAUAACAACAACACCACCACCAACACUCGGAAUUCAUUCUUCUUCUUCUUCACAUUUAUUAGAACCCUUCAAAAUUAUUGGAUUGGUUACCAAUCAUGUCGUACCUGCCAUUAGUUUUCAAUCCAAUUCUAGUUCCGAUGAUUCUGAUUUAAUUGAUGAUGCAUUGAUUUAUUGUUCCAUUGGAAAUACAUUUUAUGCCUAUGGGUUAAAAUCUCUCAUUCACAUUGACAUUGGUCCUCAAUUACCUUCACCCAUUUCAUUCAUGCUCGUUGAACGACAAUCUUCUCUCACUUCAAAUGCAUCGACUGCUCAUCCCACUCAACGUGAUAUUCUCUAUAUUUGUUGUGAAGAUUCAUCAAACAUUUAUGUUCUCAGAGGUGCAAGAGAAUUAUUGACAAUCAUUGAUACAAGUCUUCAAAUGCAUCAAAAGAGUGGUAAACUUGUUCAAUUGUUAAAGAUUGGACAAUAUCUAUUAGUGUGUUUUGAACAUUUAAUUUCAAUUUAUGAUACAUUUGAUUUGAAAGAUUCAUUUGUGAAUGCAUUUGAAUUACCAAAAGAUUGUACAUUGAAUUGUGCUUGUCAUUUACAAACUUAUUUAGAUAAGAUUGUGAUUGGAUGUAAAGAAGGACAUGUCUUGUUGUUUAAUUUUAGAGUUGGAAAGGAAAUUUAUCGAUUUGAAAAACAUUGUGAUGAUCGCACACCGUUCUCAUCCUCUUCUUCCUCUCAACAACAGUCCUUAUUACAUUCUUUAUUAGAGAUCAAUACUACCCAAAACAAUACUACUACCGACGACAACAAUACUACCACAACUACUACUCCUCCUCCUUUGAAUCAUGUCAUUACAUGUCUCAAACCUUCACCUGCUCUCGAUGUCAUUGCUGUUGGAACUUCAAGUGGUCAUGUUUUUUUAUAUCAUGUCAAGUAUGAUCAUAUUUUGAAUGUAUUUAAACAGAAUGGACCAGUGAGUUCAAUUUCAUUUCGAAGUACAACAUCUAACAAGAGUGUUGAUUCCAAUUCUAUGGACAAGACCUUUUCCAAUCAUGAUCACAGACAUGACCAUCAUAGAACCUUUUCUAAUCACUCUGAACAUGUCAUGGCCACUGGCAAUCAUUGUGGAGAAGUAUCUCUAUGGGAUCUCAAUUCUCAUCAAUUAAUUCAUAGAAUUAAGAAAGAAGAUCGACACACUCAUACCAUUACAUGUUGUGAAUUUUUACCAGGUGAACCAUUUAUGGUAACAUGUAGUAGUGACAAUGUCAUGACUUUGAUUGCAUUUGACCGUGUUGAUAAAUCACGUGAAGUGGUGUGUCGAAUGGGACAUAAGAAAUCUCCAAAAUUAAUUCGUUUUUAUGAUCCAAUGGGUCAUUUCAUUGUCACAGGUGGUGUAGAUGGUCAAAUUAGAGUUACAUCAUUACUCGAUCCCCGUGAAUCGAAACAAAUUUCACAACAACAGAAUUCUCAUUUAUGGAAACAACAUUCUCAAAUGCCUGCUGUAACAGAUAUGGAUAUUUGUUAUUUGAGGCAAGAUGAUUGGAAUAACUUGGCAUGUUGUCAUUCUAAUUUGAAUAGUGUUACAUUAUGGAAUGUUAAAUAUUUGAAAUCUGAUUCUGAAACAUUAUACAAACCAGAAUUGAAAUACGGAUUACCUCAAUCGGUAGCACUUUCCAUAUGUGGUAAUUAUGCAGUGGUAGGAACUAGUAAGGGAUAUUUAGAAAAGUGGAUUAUUCAAUCAAAAAAGAUGAAACAUUUAUAUCAUGACCAUUCAGAAGAGCAAAAGAAGAAAAAUAUUGAAAUUCGUAAAGUCUAUGAUUUUAAAGGAAGACAAAAAACACUCAAACCACACAUCACCACUGUUAGUAAUUUGUCAUCUUCCUCGUUAUCACUCACAGCACAUUCCUCUCCAAUCAAUUCUGUGGUGAUUGACAAUUCGAAUACAAAAGUGUGUAGUGGUGGACAUGAUGGAUUAUUGAAAGUAUGGAAAUUUGAUGCUGACAAGAACUCACAAUCCUCUAAUUCAUCUCUUUUGAAUGAAAUUAUGAAUGGUGGUGGUCAUCAUGAUUCAUCACACUCUUCCAAAUCAUCCUUCUCUUCUUCCUCCUCUUCAGAUCAAUUGUUAGCCAGUUUUGAUUUGAAAUCUCCAAUUUUGAAAAUGGUCAAAUCCAAACACUCAGCAAGUGCUAAUUUUGUGAGUGUUGCAUGUGAGAAUUUUUCAAUUCAUAUAUUUGAUAUGAAUACAUGCAAAUUAAUUCGUACAUUCCAUGGACAUCAUAUCAAUAAGAUUAAUGAUAUGUGUUUCACUCAUGACAAUCGAUAUUUAAUAUCUUGUGGAAGUGAUAAUUAUAUUUUAAUUUAUGAUAUUUUGACAGGACAAUUAAUUGAUUGGUUAUCUUUACCAAAGGCAGCGACAAGUGUCGAUUUCCAUCCAGAAGGAUUGCAUCUCGUCACCACGCACGUCAAUUCGGUUGGCAUUUGUUUGUGGGCUAAUAAGACUAUAUUUGGUAAUGCCUUAUUACAAUCGGUCAAUGCACCCAAAUAUGUAUCGUUACCAUUUAGUGGAGAUUCAUUGAUGAUUACAGAGAGAACGACUGCCACCUCGAGUGUACUUUUGAGUGGUAGUGGUGGUAGUGGCAGUGAACAUGAUGAAUCCCUUCCUACUAUUAGUAUUCAAAAAAAGAAGAGAAAAAGAGCCUUUAAAAUUCUCUCCCAAGUAGAUGAUUGGAUGAAAGAAAGAAAUGCUGCUGAACAUGGUGAUGAUGAACAAGACAGUGAAGAAGAAGAAGAGGAUGAACUUGUGAAAAAAAGACAAGACCAAGUUCAUACUUCCUAUCCUAUUCAAGAACCUUCUCAUUUCAUCAAGUUGUCUGAUCUACCCAAAUACAAAUGGCAUGGUCUCACUCAUUUAGAUGAAAUUAGAAAGAGGAACAAACUUGAUCCAAAGAAACCAUCCAUUCCUGAAUUGGUGGAUGAAUUGGAUGGCACUGUAACGACUAGUCCAUUCUUUCUUCCUACAGUCUCGAAUUUGAAUACUAGGAAUAUUCAAUUCCAAGAUAAGAAUACUCAAAGAAAAGGUGAGAAAAAUUGUCAUGAACAGAAUUCUGAAAACCAUCAUCACCAUCAUCACUCUCAUCUCGUCUCUUCCAAUGUCAUGGUGAAUCCACUCAUUGCCAUGAUCAAACAAGAUCGAGAACAUUCCAAUUCUUCAACUUGUUAUUAUUCAACUACUAUGAAAUAUAUUAAGGAAUCAAGUAUCAAACAAUUGGAUUUGAAUAUUCGUACACUCUCUGCAUUCAAUCAUUAUGAAGAGUACAAAUUAUUAUUAGAAUUCUUUUUACAUUUCAUUCAAGAAGAAUUUACAGAUUUUGAUUUAAUUCAAGCAUUGAUGAAUUUAUUCUUCCAAAUUCAUUCAGAAGUGUUGGUUCAGGGAAUACGAGAUGAUUCUGAAAUUCGACAAUUCAUUGAAAGACUUUCUCAUGCCAAUCGAGUAGCCUUUGAACCAUUGGAUGAGAUGAACAAGUACAAUCAAUGCAUGAUUGAUUACAUGUCCUUUGGGGGAGUAUUUAUUUAA